AUGGCAGCAGAAUCUCACUGUCAGAGUAAAUCAACUGAAUCUUGUGAUGAACUAGAAGUUGUUCUAACUAUUCUGCAUUUUAAUGACGUUUACGAGAUAAGGGAGAGAUCGGAAGAUCCAGUUGGAGGUGCAGCGAGGUUUGCCACAGCUGUCAAGCAGUUCCAGCACCUCAAUCCUCUGAUUGUCUUCAGUGGGGACUGUUUGAAUCCGUCCUUGUUAAGCACAAUCACAAAAGGGAAGCACAUGGUGGAUAUCCUGAACAAGCUGGGUGUAAAUUGUGCUGUGUACGGCAAUCAUGAGUUUGAUUUUGGCGUGGACCACCUGGAGGAGAUGGUGGCGCAGACGGACUUCCCCUGGUUCCUCAGCAACGUGUACGACCGCUUCACCUCCGACACGCUGGGCCACGGCGUGGUCAGCCGGCUGGUCCGCUGGAGAGGCCUGGACAUCGGCCUGAUGGGCCUGGUGGAGGAGGAGUGGCUGGACACCCUGGGCACGGUGGACAAGGAGAACCUGCUCUACGUGGACUACGUCUCGGUGGGCCGCCAGCUGGCCAGCGAACUGCGUUCCCAGGGGGCCGAGCUGGUGGUGGCGCUGACCCACAUGCGCUGGCACAACGACGCCCGCCUGGCCGCGGAGACCGCCGGCAUCGACCUCAUCCUGGGGGGCCACGACCACGAGUACGGCGUCAGGGAGGUCAACGGCGUGCCCGUCGUCAAGAGCGGCUCGGACUUCCGCUUCCUGUCCAAGGUGGACGUGAGCAGGAGGGCGGGGGGGGGCUUCCACUGCGCCGUGCAGAAGGUCCCUGUGGAGAGGCGGCUGGUCGAGGACCCCGCCAUUAAACUGAUUGUGGACGGCUACAACAACAACGUGGAGCACAUGCUGGACGAGGUGUUGUGCCAGAUUGAGGUGGAUUUAGACGGACGCUCCACCACGGUACGCCGAGAAGAGUGCAUCCUGGGAAACCUCAUCACAAACGCCAUGCUGGAGGCUACGCACGCUGACGUAGCUCUACUCAACUCAGGUACACUGCGGUCUGAUACGGUCCACCAGGCCGGGACCCUGACCAUGCACGACCUCCUGCAGAUCCUGCCCAUGCAGGACCCGGUGCUGGUGGUGGAAGCUACUGGGCAGCAGCUGUACGAGGGGCUGGAGAACUCGGUCAGGAACUAUCCCACUCUGGAUGGAAGGUUCCCCCAGGUUGCAGGGAUGCAGUUCGGGUUCGACCCUCAGGGACCUCCCGGGAACCGGGUGGUGCUGAACACCAUUAAGGUCCAGGGCCAGGACCUGAACAAGGACAAGACGUAUUUAGUGGCAAUGAAGGAAUACCUAACAAAGGGGAAGGAUGGCUACGCCAUGUUCCUGGACUGCCGCAAGACGUUCGACAUCGAGAACGCCCCGACCCUUUCCACCAUACUCAUCAACCACUUCGAGUCCGGAAAGAUCAUCCACGGGCUGAAGACCUGCCGGUCUGGCCACAGGAUGAGCUUGAUCAAGGCCUCUAUCAGUCCCUCAGUCUCUGCCGUGGAGCGGACCCCGCGCGGGAAGACGGCGCUGGUGGUGACGGUGCCCGGAGUGGAGGGCCGGAUAUUCCAUGUGACCCGGGACAGCCAAUCAGAAGCCGGGACCUAG